AUGCAAGGGCUUGCGCUCGCACUGCCGCCCGCCGCUGUUGCGCGAAGGUCGAGUGCAGCGACGGAAGCACCCGCAGCGGCAGCAGCUACAGCGGCGGUGACGACGACGACCGUGCUAGCACGAAGAUCUAUGAAGGUCACGUCGACGCUGGAUGUGCAAAAGGACUUGGAGACAGGGCACCGCAUGAUUAACGACUAUGUCGUAGACGACGAGCUUGGACGUGGUGCGUAUGGGACAGUCAAGCUGGCACAUCAUGUGCAUACAGGACGCCUUGUAGCGAUCAAAAUCGUUCCUCGCGAAGCGCCCAAACGCCUAGGCGUGCAUACGCGGCCCCGGAAAACCGACGAGCGUGUGAAGCGCGAGAUUCGCUCCAUGGCGCGAUGCCACCAUCCCAACGUCGUGCAGCUCUAUGAUGUCAUUGACGAUAAGCGGUGCCGAAAGCUCUUUUUGAUUUGUGAGUACAUGGACGGCGGCGAUAUUCCGUGGUCCACACGCGAUCACCAACCUGCCCUCACAACGUCGGAAGCGCGCGGGAUUUUGCGCGAUGUCAUCCAAGGCCUGGUACACUUGCACGCUCAAGGCGUAAUUCAUCGCGAUAUCAAGCCUGGGAACAUUUUGUGGACCAAGGACCGCGUCGCCAAAAUCUCCGACUUUGGGUGUGCCUACGUUCGCCAUGGCGCUGGCUCCGCGGACGACUUGUCAAGCGCGAGUGAUCCCAUGCUGGGCCGCACGGCCGGCACGCCAGCCUUCUUUGCGCCGGAGCUGUGCCGUGGUCCUUCAGAGGGCCCGUCUAUUACGAAGGCUAUUGACGUGUGGGCGCUCGGCGUGACGAUGUACUGCCUCCUGUUUGGCGUGCCCCCCUUCUGGGCUGAGACGGAAUUCUUACUGCUGGAAGUCAUUAUGCACGACGAUUAUACCUUGCCGAUGACGAUGGGCCGCGAGGUUGUGCCUGUGGCCGGCCGUGCGCCUCGAUGGCCUCCACGGCAUGAGCCUGAGGCCAGCGAAUCCUUGGAGGACAUCGACGAGGCCAAGCCCGUCGCUGCCUUGCCGCGCAGUCCUGCUAUGGCCUCUGUGCCGCCUACGACAGCGCCGUUGGCAGACGUCGGGGUAGAUGCACGCGCUGCGAUGCAUUUGCUGGACCGCCUGCUGGACAAGGAUCCGACGACACGUCUGACGUUGUUGCAAGCGCAGCUGCAUCCAUGGUUCGCACAGAGUACUUUUCUGUAG